GUUUUUGUAACAAGAAACAGCAACCUUUUUGUCGAGUGGAAGACGAAACAGUGGAAAAGAACUAUACCAUGUGUUAGGAUAUUGAAGUGUGAGAAUUCUUGGAUUAGUGUGUUUUUGGAUAGCAAACAGGGAAAGGCAAGGAGAGAGUGAAAAUGGGGAGGAAGAAAAUACAAAUCACAAGAAUAAUGGAUGAACGGAACAGACAGGUAACAUUUACGAAGAGGAAAUUUGGAUUAAUGAAGAAGGCAUAUGAACUUAGUGUGCUCUGUGACUGUGAAAUAGCACUCAUCAUUUUUAACAGCUCUAACAAACUCUUUCAGUAUGCCAGCACUGACAUGGACAAAGUUCUACUCAAAUAUACAGAAUACAAUGAACCCCAUGAGAGCAGAACCAACUCGGAUAUUGUUGAGACUUUAAGAAAAAAAGGCCUUAAUGGUUGUGAGAGCCCUGAUGCUGACGAUUACUUUGAGCACAGUCCACUAUCGGAGGACAGAUACAGCAAACUAAAUGAAGAUAGUGAUUUUAUUUUCAAGCGAGGCCCUCCUGGCUUGCCUCCCCAGAACUUUUCAAUGUCAGUUACAGUUCCAGUGUCCAACCCAAAUACUUUAACCUACAGUAACCCAGGGAGUUCCCUUGUAUCUCCAUCACUGGCAGCCAGUUCAUCAUUAACAGACACGACUAUGCUCUCCCCACCUCAGGCCACAUUGCAUCGAAAUGUAUCUCCUGGAGCCCCUCAGAGACCGCCAAGUGCUGGCAAUGCAGGUGGCAUGUUGGGUACAGCAGAUCUUACAGUACCAAAUGGAGCUGGUACCAGUCCAGUGGGAAAUGGAUUUAUUAAUUCUCGAGCUUCACCAAGCCUGCUAGGAACCACUGGUGGUGGGAAUGGAUUAGGCAAAGUUAUGCCUACAAAGUCUCCACCGCCGCCGGGAGGAGGUAAUCUUGGAAUGAACAAUCGCAAACCAGAUCUUCGUGUCGUCAUCCCACCUUCGAGCAAGGGCAUGAUGCCUCCAUUGUCGGAGGAGGAUGAAUUGGAGUUGAAUACCCAACGGAUAAGCAGUUCUCAAUCAACACAGCCGCUUGCUACCCCUGUGGUAUCAGUGACAACUCCAAGCUUGCCUCCACAGGGACUGGUAUAUUCUGCCAUGCCUACUGCUUACAACACUGAUUACUCCUUGACUAGUGCAGACCUGUCUGCCCUGCAGGGAUUUAACUCCCCAGGAAUGCUAUCUUUAGGACAGGUAUCUGCCUGGCAACAGCACCAUCUAGGACAAGCAGCCCUUAGCUCUCUUGUUACUGGUGGCCAGCUCUCUCAGGGUUCAAAUUUAUCUAUUAAUACCAACGAAAACAUCAACAUAAAGUCUGAACCAAUUUCACCUCCACGGGACCGUGUGACUCCUUCUGGGUUCCCUCAGCAGCAACAGCCACAUCAGCAAUCACGGCAGGAAUUGGGUCGUUCCCCUGUUGACAGUCUCAGUAGUUCCAGCAGUUCUUAUGAUGGCAGUGAUCGGGAGGACCCAAGAAGUGAUUUCCAUUCGCCUGUUGGAUUGGGAAGACCUCCAAACACAGAAGAUAGAGAGAGCCCUUCAGUGAAACGAAUGAGAGUGGACACAUGGGCGACAUAAACUUUCAGCAUUUCCACUUCUAUUUUGUGUUACCACAGUGAACUGUCCUGACAUAUCUAAAUAUAUAAAUAAGGACAUGAAAUAAAUAUAUUUAUAUGUAUAUACAUACGUGCAUAUAUAUAUCUUCACAUGCAUAUAUAUGUGCGAGUGUGUGUAGCAUACACAGAAUCAUCAGGCACUUACUACAAACUUCUUGUAUAGCUGCAGAUGUCCCAUGGUAAAAAUGUAACAAAACAAUCCUAUAGGUGUUGGCCUACUCUGGCACUUACCUGGACAUGCUGUUUUAAUAAUGUAACCUGUUUUGCAAAGAAACAUUGUACCCAUCUAUAAUCCUGCCGCACUAGAUUGCAGAAACCAAGAGGGCUCCCCUAUAGUAAUGUCCCUAUGUGUUUUAUUAAAGCCGUAUGGUUAGUUGUAGUUAAGAAACAAUGCUUUGUAGCAGCAGAGCAGUAGAAAAGCAGGAAAAAGAAAGCAAUACUGUACAUAAAAUGUCCUUUAUAUUACCCAACUUGGCAUGGGUCUCUAUUGCAGAAGGUGCAUGGCGAAGGGCUUGAAGAUAUAAAAACCUGUUUUGCACGUGCAAAAAAAUGUAUUGGGUCAAAGAAGUGGUUCUUAAUAAAAAAAAAAAAGUGAGAGAGAAUCCUAGAGAGCUCGCAUGAAAUAUUCAAAAAAUAACCUAGAAAACAGAGCAUUAACAAAAUAAAAUUAAUAUAUUAAGUUAUAAUUGGAAUAUGUUUGAAAAGUUUCUUUUUGUGUUCUUUGAAAAAUAUAGAAACGGAUUUUAGGUCAUGUAUAUUUUAUAUUAAAGAAAACAAUACCCUUAUGAAUUGAAGACUAUAUAUAAAAGUUAUAUACAGUACUUUUGAACACAUUCUGCUAUGAAUUAUUUAUAUAAGCCAAAGCUGUAUGAUGUAGCUUUUUUUGUAGAGUAUAGUUUUACCUUGUUAUUUUGACUUUCUAGUUGUUUGCUUUCAGAAGAGGGAAAAGAAACUUGCAGGCAGAACGCUGGGGAAAAAUAAGCCAUGAACACUUAUUAUUCUAUAUGUAAAUUAAAAUUUGAGCCAAACUCUUUGUACAUAGCAUCUUAAAUAUAUCACCUUUGGUGUAAGUACCUACGUAUUGUACGUUCACCAGAUUAAAAAGUAUAUUUUUGUGGAUUGACGCCAACUUGAAAAAAGGCGAGGUCCUUAUUAAGUAGAGUAUUCACUGUUUAAUAUUUACUAUUUUGUUAAAUAUACUGUACUUUCUUUGGAUUAAUUAUUAUUAAUAUUAUUAUCCAGAUUUUUUCAGAGGCUGUAUAAAGGGGUUGUCCCUUCACUGGUGGUGAAUGUGUGCAGUUAAAAUGUAAUCUCUGUGCUGUAUGGUUAAGCUUCAUUAUACAUUUUAUAUAUAUGUAUAUAAAUAGCAAAGUGGCAACAACAAAAAAACAAAAAUCCGGUGUUAAGUUCAUCCCACAUAAAUAUUAAAAAUCUGUUACAACACAUUUUAAGGCAUUAUUUUAAAACUGCCUCUUGUGAGAAAAUAUUCAGUGGAAAAACUUGACCUCAUUAUGUUAGGGAAAUAACACAUCAAUAAUACACAAAAGGUUUUGUAAGUGGUAAGUGGUUUGGGAUAAAAUAUUUGCUAUGGAAAGAAAGCUUUUCAUGCCUCCUAACAUUCACGCACACCCCCCCAAGCAAAAAAUCUAAAUGCCCAGUAUGCUUAUAUAUCUGUUUAGUACCGGAAGUUCUGAUCCUGUAAUUUGCUGUCAUACAUUAGUAGGACUACUUCCAAAAGUAAGGGUUUGCAAAAUCUGGCUCCAAUACAGCAGCAAAUUCUCCCAUCAGUCAGGGUGUAUCAUAAUCUCUGUCUUUAAAUUUAUAUUGAUUUUGCUAAUCUAUUGAAGUUUGACAAAUAUUUACUUAAAACUAGAUGUAAAGGAUGGGCAAAAUCAGACACAAUUCACUUUGUUUUGGUAAAUGUGUGCUUAAUUCAUGUUUUCAGUUUGUAAAAUUUUUAAGGAACAAAUCUGACUACUAGUCCACUCUAAUUUUGGGAAGAACUGAAGUUGUUUUAUGUGUUACACAAAACUGUUUAAAGUUUGUCCCAUAUAUUUAUUAAAACACUUUUCUGUUGGGCAUUCAACACUUUCUAAGGACAAUUUCUAGUAAAGUCACUUAGUUGACACUAUCACUAAGAAAAUUUGAGAGGUAGAAAUGGAAAUCCAGUGUGUACACUUAUCAUCUUGACAUCUGCUUGUAUGUGGAAUGAUCCAAGAACAAAACAUUAUAGAUGGAUAUCAAGACAAAAUCUGUUGUUGUCUGUAACUUUUUAAAUUACAGAUUUAAAAAAAAAACAGUUGGGGCAAACUUCAACUUCCUUUCAAAAUAAUCUACAUUUCAUUACCUGAGACUAGAGUAAUGACUACAAUAGAAGAACCGACAGGAUUCAAUUUUCAAAUGAAAACUCCAUUUCCAGUAUAUGUCAGUUCACUUACCACUUCACAGAACCUUUAAUGCUUUGAAAAGUCAUGUGAUUGUUUUGUUAUUUAUGCCCAUAUAUGAACUUUGCUGUACAUUUGAGUGGGAGUUCUGCAUUCACAUUUACUGUCUAUUUUCUUGUGUGCCUUAUGAGAUGGCUUUGCUGACUGUAUCUCAAUGGUUUUUAUUUCUAUGCAGAUUUGUAAGCAGUACUAUUACUGUUUUCUAAAAUAAUGUUACAUGAGGUUUGGAGUUUGUAUUUAAAUCUCACCAACUGACUAAUGUAAAACUUGUACAAUUCGUAGGAAUUGAGGAUCAGACUGUUUACCUGUUGCCCACAGCCCCAUAAUGUCCUCCAGUAGAUAAGUCUUG